UUUUUUUUUUUUUUCCCUCCCCCUCCUCUGGAUUAGGCAGCAAUCAAUCCUUCUCCCUGCGUCUGUUGAGAAGCAGGUGAUCCUUGUUAACAGCGCUCAGUUUCUGGAUGCAGUUUUCUCUCCUGCGUGUGAAGGAUGAUGAUACCAGGCAAGACUGAAUCAGCAUAACUUUUACUUUGCAAGAGGAAAAACUUUUUUCCCUAUUUGAAGGCAUUAAAAACACGUAGCAUUUAAAAGCAGAAGAAGUUGGUUUUAAAGCUGAACUCCACUUUCCUGGGAUUUGUGUGUGGCAAUUUCAAAGGCUGCGUCUUUUCCUUUUUUUUUUUUUUUUUUUUUUUUUUUUCUCCUCCCUUAUCUCCCGAAAGGAAACUGUUGCUAGUUGGAAUAGACUUCUUAAAUGUUUGGGAUUCAAGAUACUUUAGGAAGAGGACCAAUUCUGAAAGAUAAAUCUCUAGGUUCUGAAAUGGAUUCCGUCAGGUCUUGGGUCAGAAACGUUGGGGUUGUGGAUGCAAACGUAGCAGCACAAAGCGGAGUAGCUUUGUCCAGAGCUCACUUUGAAAAGCAGCCACCCUCCAACUUGAGGAAAUCCAAUUUCUUUCACUUUGUUCUGGCUCUCUACGACAGACAGGGGCAGCCCGUGGAAAUAGAGAGGACAGCUUUUGUGGACUUUGUAGAAAAUGAUAAAGAGCAAGGCAAUGAAAAGACGAACAAUGGCACACAUUACAAACUCCAACUCCUUUAUAGCAACGGUGUCAGGACUGAACAGGAUCUGUAUGUUAGACUCAUCGAUUCAGUCACUAAGCAGCCCAUAACUUACGAAGGACAGAAUAAGAAUCCCGAAAUGUGCAGAGUUUUGCUUACCCAUGAAGUCAUGUGCAGUCGGUGCUGUGAGAAGAAAAGCUGUGGCAACAGAAACGAGACUCCGUCUGACCCUGUGAUCAUUGACAGAUUCUUCUUAAAAUUUUUUCUCAAGUGCAAUCAGAAUUGCUUGAAAACAGCAGGAAACCCAAGAGAUAUGAGACGGUUCCAGGUUGUGCUGUCAACAACAGUGAAUGUUGAUGGGCAUGUACUGGCAGUGUCUGACAACAUGUUUGUUCACAACAACUCCAAGCAUGGACGGAGGGCAAGGAGACUUGACCCCUCAGAAGCCACGCCGUGCAUCAAAGCAAUCAGCCCAAGUGAAGGUUGGACUACAGGGGGAGCAAUGGUGAUCAUUAUUGGAGACAACUUCUUUGAUGGGCUGCAAGUUGUAUUUGGAACCAUGCUUGUAUGGAGUGAGCUUAUCACGCCUCAUGCCAUUCGAGUUCAGACACCUCCACGUCACAUUCCCGGAGUGGUUGAAGUGACAUUAUCAUACAAAUCCAAACAGUUUUGCAAAGGUGCACCGGGCAGGUUUAUUUACACAGCUUUAAAUGAACCUACCAUAGAUUAUGGUUUCCAAAGACUGCAGAAGGUCAUUCCAAGACAUCCUGGUGACCCUGAACGACUAGCUAAGGAAAUGCUGUUGAAACGAGCUGCUGACCUAGUUGAAGCACUGUAUGGAACGCCACAUAACAACCAGGACAUCAUUCUGAAGCGAGCUGCAGACAUCGCCGAGGCUCUCUACAGCGUACCAAGGAAUCCCGCACAGAUCCCUGCGCUCUCUAGCUCUCCUGCUCACAGCAGUAUGAUGGGAAUUAACUCCUAUGGUAGCCAGUUAGGAGUCAGCAUUUCAGAGUCAACACAGGGGAACAACCAAGGUUAUAUUCGUAAUACAAGCAGCAUCUCACCCCGGGGUUACUCAUCCAGUUCCACGCCUCAGCAGUCCAAUUACAGCACUUCCAGCAAUAGCAUGAAUGGCUACAGCAACGUCCCCAUGUCAAACCUGGGCGUUCCAGGCUCCCCUGGAUUCAUUAACGGCUCUCCAACAGGAUCCCCCUAUGGCUUAAUGUCUUCAAGUCCAACAGUUGGCUCCUCCAGCACUUCUUCCAUCCUUCCGUUCUCCUCCUCCGUCUUUCCUGCUGUCAAACAGAAGAGUGCCUUUGCUCCUGUCAUCAGACCCCAAGGGUCUCCUUCUCCAGCCUGCUCUAGUGGCAAUGGAAAUGGGUUUAGAGCCAUGACUGGUCUUGUCGUUCCCCCGAUGUAAGGAAGAGGCAGCUUUGCUCCUCUCCCUCUUCCCUUUUUUCCUCUUUUUUUCAUUUUUCUUUUACAGCACAAAACUACUUAUUGUGAUGGACCACUAAAAAGAAAAAAAUAGCACUACAAGCUCUUUUUUGGGGGAAAGCCAGGCCCAGGAAAAAAAAAAAAAAAAGGAACAUUUUUUAUGGAUUGGAAAAGAUAGAAGUCUGCAUCUUUUACCUGUUUCAUAUUUCUGACACAACCCCAUCAACUCCUAAAACAUUGUGAAUGAAGAAUCAGCCAAGAGCCAGGAUGAACAACAGUUGGCAGAGUGGAAUCAGAAAUGCAAAGUCUUUCUUGAAAGACAUGAAACCUGCCUAAGAUUUGUAAAAUAUUAAAAGGAGAAAGAAAUUGGCAAAAUGAUUCAAGCUUGAUAUUUUGGAUACAAUUUGUUUUACUUUGUAGGGGAAAAAAGUUGAAGUUUCUAUUUUCUAUGGAGCCUUUCAGAUAUCGAUUUAGUUUAUGCAGAAAAAAAUUCAACAAAACAGGGUACCAGCAUGAAAGAAUUUCUAGGACAAACUGACAUGAAUGAUGGAACUUUGGUGUAUGUGUGUAUUUGCUUAUAGUUUAACCUCUUUAAAAAAUGUAAGAUGUUUUACAAUUAUUUAAAUAAAUAAACUUGUAACUUAUUGUAUGUAGAGGUAGAAAUUAAACCCUUUUUUGGAUUUUUUCCUCCAGUUGUACAAUGAAGAAAAAUGAUGCAAAAAUGUAGUGAUAAGUUUGAGAUAUAUUAUUACUGCUGCAAUUGCUCCUCACUUUUUCCCUCUUACUGAAUUCAUGUGCAAGGAUGUAUAGGAUUCUUUCUGAUUAACAAAAUCAUCAGAAACUUUUACAUAUGUUGUGGUAUACAGGUCACUAAUCCAUGUAUGAAUUUUCAUCCUCCUCAUCUUUCCCCCUUCCAUUUUUUGUUUCAAUUAAAAUAUUCAGGUACUAAGAUUAACUGGUAAGCUUCAAAGGCCCUGAUGGCAAAUGAGUGGCACUUAGGGAUUUGAACGAAUGGGGUUUUUCAGGAGGUACUGAGUUUAUUUUAUAGAUUCAAUGUAUGCGUUAGGAGGGGAAGGGUUCUCUAACAUAUUGUUUUUCCAUGUAGUUAGAACACCUUAAGUUCAGUUAUACUUCAUAUUAAGGGUGCAUUUAUGAAGGGUAAAUAUGUAUUUGAAUAAUUUAUGCACUUUUAUCCUGAGUCGUUAAAAAUGGUAAGUAUUUUCCAUUUAUAUAUUGAAGUUCAUAGAAGUAAUCAAUUGCUUUGAAUUUUUCUGCAUUUUAGCGUAAAAAAGUUUAGUUCUCCUUUGCACCUCCUCUCCUGAAAUUGGAAGGUGAAAACAAAUUUGAUAAAAAAAAAAAUCACUAGCUAUCUGGCUAAACCAGAGACAAAAGAAUUUGGUUGUUGGAAAGCCAUUUUUAGGGAAAAAAAAAAAAAAAAAAAAAAAUCAGCUACACUACUUACAACCCACUAAAAUACACACAAUUCACAGCUGCAUGAAUAGUUGUUCCUAUGGUCACAUCUUUAUGUUAAUAAAUAAACCCUUAAUAUAUGACCCCUGAAACUGUACUUGUCCAUUUGCCCGGUAGUUUUAUCGAUGGGUAGGUAAAAUAGUGUUCUUGGUGAUCCUGAUAUACGGCAGAAGAUGUUCAAUUCAGUACUGGCCUCAGGGAGGUGAGCACGUGCAUGGCUGAGGCAGCUCAGGGCUCGCCCGAGCGACUGUGGAGCUCGCCUGGAUUAGUACCAGGCUAGAAAGCCUCUGCCUCCGCGCGGGGUUCCAAUCCAGCCCCAGUGAUUAGUGACUGAGGGGCCUGGGGGGGUGGGUGCUGUAUGACCCGAGGGACCCUCGCCCAGCGGGCAGGCGUUUGGCUCAGGCCUGCCCUUUGCACUGUCUGACGCGGUGCCCGUAACCAGCCCAGCGCGCGGCGCAGGGCCGCGUAGGGUUCAGCUCAGGGGGGGAGAUGUAUUUGACACACACAGAAGCUUUCCAGGACGUGUUCCAUAACCAGAACGCAGCACAGCAGAGAAGCCUGGGGACUGGAAAGACAAUGAAACCCGGCUGCUCCCGUCCUUCCUAAAGGCGAUUACGCGUGUUGGGAAGCAGCUCUGCGCUACCCCGGGCUGUGCCGUCAGGUUUUGGUAGGGGCUUCAUUCUGUGCCUUUUCAGUGCUAUUGAAAUAAGUUUUUAAAAGGUGGAGGGGGUUUACUGUCUUCUAAAACUGAAGGCCUAAUUUAUCAUAUCAGCAAAAAUGGCAAUUAGAAGCAACUUUAAAGAGAGAUUUGGUGGGAAUAAUGUGUUUUUAAGAAGCGUGAAUAUAGUUAGAGUCUUAAAGUCAGGGUACUGAAAGUGUCUACAUUCCAGAAAAGAUUAAAUAAAAUAACUCACUCUUAAUUAUGGUUUCAAGUUCACUGACACCGCAGAUUCUCUGUGUGCUCUUCAUGCCAUCAGGGAAGCAGCAGUCACUGGAGGUCAGCAAGGCAACCAGCCCUGGAGCCAAGUGAUCUCUGAAAUAGGAAAGAAUCACAGGUAUUGAGAAGUCUGGAGCUGUAACUGAGCACCGCUGUACCUCAGCUUUGGUAACACAACAGGGCACGCUGUCUAACCUGACCGUUGUUAUUCAGACCAAAAAACAAACAAACAAACAAAAAGCAUUUCAUACAUUCAUAGGUACCGAUAUCCCAGCAAGGCUCUGAGUGGGAGGUCCAAAUUCGUGUUUGGAAUUCUGCAUGCGUACAGGGAAGAAAAAAAAACAAAACAAAACACACAGAUUGAGAAGUAUUAGAGUUGGGAUUAAAACUUCCAUAAAUUUCAGUGAAUACUACAUUGAGUCCUAGAUUCCCAAAACAUAUCUUGAUGGACCAGGCUCAUUUCUGAUAUAUCAUCUACCUUCCCCCAUUUUGACCUACUAAAAACCCCAAACAGCUCCAAAGCAUAAAGAUGGUGGAUUAUUUUUUCCUCCGCCCUUCUCUGUACAGGCUACUUUUAAAAUUCUGUCAUCUCUGCUUAGACCCAAAAUUCUAUGCUCAGCAAAUAUUCCAGUUAGGGGAAUUUCUAGACCACAUACUGAAGAGCAGCAGCCUGCUACCUUAAGUCUUCUCACAUUUUUUAACAAUUAAGCUAUUCAUUGCACAGACCCCAGUGAGGAAGGUUUCCAUUUAAACAAAUUGAGACAUUGCAUGGAAAAAGCUAUUCUGUUAAUUGUCCACCCUUCUUUUUUUUUUUUUUUUUUUUUUAUUGCUUAGUCAGCCUAGGCACAUAAAAAAAUGAUCACUGAGAUCUUGGGAAGAUUCAGGGGAAAAAAAAAAAAAAAAAAAAGGCUAGCUGAAAAAAGAGAAGGUUCUGAAACGCACAACUUUCCUUUCACACUUCAGUUACUUUUAUUAGCUCCAUCCAGUUGCUCAAGCUGGAGAGCCAUGAGUCCAAAUGAAAAAGAAAACCUCCCAAAAAACUACUUCAAGUACUUGUAGGAAGAGAAACAAGUGUAGCUGCCUGUGUUGACGUAAACAUGGAAAAUUACUUUUCCUGGUUUGAUCUGAGCCAAACAAAUGACAAAAAUUAAACACAGGAAUGAUUUAGAACAUGGAUUUUGCUCAUGCGUGGAAAUCAUCGUACUCAAGAUGAGUGUAGAACUUACUGGUAGCUUGACAAAGAAAAAUGUAAAUAAAUGCAAUCAGAAAUCCUUGACCAUGAAAGGAGGACUUUGGCAGUGGCAAAGCACCCAACAAAAAGGAAAAUGUAAAAAUAUAUGUGUGAGGAUUUUUUCAAUGUAAUAAGCAAAUCUGUCCUCUUUUAGUUAUUGCUGUUUAAUAUUCCCUGACAGCUUUCCUUUUUGCCACUAGAAAGAUGAAAGUGUUGCGAUAGGUAACUACAAAUUUUAUCAUAACGUUGAAAGAGUACGUUUUAUUUCAUUAUUUAUCUUGGUAUAGCAUCUUACUCUCCCUGUUUCUUUGCACACUUCCAAUAUGCAUGGUUUUUAAAGACCGUUUUCUCCCUUCUGUAAAUUAAGGCCUCAUUUCUCCCUACUGUAUAGUUUUGGGGUUUGUUUGGGGUUGGCUGGUCGUUUUUUUGUUUUUUUUUGCUUUGUCAGUUAUAUACAGUAUGAAGUUGCUAUGCACAGAGCUUUUGUAAAGAUAGCUUUUUUUGUUUACUGUUUUUAAUGGUCCUACUUAUGGAAGAAUAUCUUGUUUGUAAAAUGAA